AUGUUGAGAGGUACCCUUAGACAAAGCAGGUUGGUCAGACCCACGUAUUUUCCAUUGAUAAGGUCCUUCUCCUCAUCGCUGAUUAAAUUCCAGGAGAGCUCCAAAUCAAAACCCGAAGAUGAGCCAAGGUCAGAAUCAAAAGAAGAGCCCAAAAGAAGGCCCUUGAGUAGAGUCGCAAUUGGAGGGUCGAAAGAUUCGUUAAAGCAAUUUAACAAGGGUAGUGGCUUGGAAUUUGCCACUUGGAAAGCAGUGGUACUCCUCCUCGUAGUAGGUGGAGUUGGUACAUACUUUUUCCAAAAGGAAAAGGCCAGACUACAACACCAUAGAGAAAUGGAACAAAACAGAAAGGUUGGAACCCCAUUAAUCGGUGGCCCAUUUAACUUGGUUGACACAAAUGGUAACCCUUUCACAGAGAAGAACCUUGUUGAUCCUAACGGAAAGAAGUUUUCGAUAUUGUAUUUUGGAUUCACUCAUUGUCCUGAUGUAUGCCCUGAAGAGCUUGACAAGUUGGGCGACAUGUUGGACAUCCUCAAAGAGAAUAAUGUUGAGAUCCAGCCAAUCUUUAUCACAUGCGAUCCAAAUAGAGACACCCCCAAAGUUGUAGACGUCUACUUGAAGGACUUCCACCCAGGCAUUAUUGGAUUGACAGGGGAAUAUGACGAGGUGAAGAAUGCUUGUAAAAAGUAUCGUGUUUAUUUCUCAACGCCACCAGAUGUUAAGCCGGGUCAAGAUUAUUUAGUUGACCACUCAAUCUUCUUUUACGUUUUGGAUCCCGAGGGAAACUUUGUUGAUGUUAUUGGAAGAGAAGCAUUAGCACCUGAGAGUGCCGAAAAAAUCACCGGGCUUUCUGAGGCAUAUAUCCCUAAAACGGAGAGAGAAGCCAAGCAGAGCGGAAUAUUUGGAUUCCUUUAUAAAUAG